AUGCCCAUGGAUGGUGAUGCGCCUGUGCCCAUGGUCGAUGCCCGGCAUGACACCGGCACAUGCACCAAAGCCCUCGUACAAUUCCCACCCGGCAAGAACCUCCUCGCCUUCGGCUCCCUAAUGAGCUGGAACGAAUGGGUCCUCCUGUGGGGUCGUAUCCACGGCGUCAAGUGUACUUUUGUCCGGAUGGAUCGCAAGGUUAUAGAGAAUGCUAUGCCUGGAGGCAUUGGUGAGGAGCUGGCGGAUAUGUUCGGGUACACGUCGGAUUUUGGAUAUGAUGGUGGGGAUAAAAGUGUGGUGAGUCCGAAAGAUCUUGGUGUGGAUUUUUCGGUUUCGACUGCGGAGGAGUUUAUCAAGGCGGAAGAUUGGUCUUCGGUUCUUGGGGUAAAUACGAGUUAG